AUGGAAGAUAUUACUGGCGAUGACAGGACAGAAGACAUGGAGGUGGACCCACCGAGACCGGAAAGUACGAUUAUUCCGACGCGAACAGCUAUCUCGGUGCCGGAACGGGGGGGUCAAGAAACUACUAACCGCCUUCAAAGUGUACUCCUGCCCAGGGAUGCGAUAUCCGACGCAGAACGCCAACGUGCUCAUCCGUCUAUACCGACGACAACUCCGCCGCAAUUCAUUGUGCAAUUGUGGCAACGUAGCAACUGUGUGAUGAUUAUCAUCUCGUGCUUAGUGAUGGUAAUCAGCGUCUAA